CCCGGACAGACAUCAGCUGACCCCCGAUCGCGACGCAAAAAGCACAACUGAAGUUGACUCAUCCUCCAGCCCCCCUCCCCUCCUUUUCCCCAAAGGAAAGGCUCAGCCGGGUGCUUCGCGAGCCAAAUUUGCUGGUAGGGAGGCCGGCCCGCCCGGAGAGGGGCAGCUCCGACCCCUCAAGGCCCUCCCCUGCGGAGCCCCAGCCAGUCUCCGCCGCCGCCGCCCCCAAUCCGACAGGCAGUCCCGGGGCAGGCCGGGGAGGCCGCCACGCUCCCACCCCGGCCCUCGGCUCCGCCCGCUGUCCGGCUCCGCCAUGGCUCAGCCGAGGGAGGUGGGCGGCGGGGACGGCGCAGGGCAAGAAGAGGAUGCCUGGGGAGAGGAGGAGCAAUGCGAGGCUUGGUCUGGGACUGAGAAUCCCGUGCGGAUUCGAGUAGCCAUCCAGGCGGCCGAAGAGGAGGGGGACGGAGAGGCCGGGGCCGCGAUGGGGGGCUUCGGGGACGGGGAAGACGACGGGGACGCGGCACGCUACCUCAGCCCCGGGUGGGGCAGUGCCAGCGAGGACGAGCCUAGCCGCGGGCACAGUGGCACAACUACAAGCGGAGGGGAGAAUGAUGGUUCUGACCAGGAUCAGGACUGGAAGCCGCCAAGCUACGAGUUAAUCUUGAAGCUGGUCGAUCAGAUUGAGUUUUAUUUCUCAGAUGAAAACCUAGAAAAAGAUGCCUUCCUGCUCAAACACGUUAGAAGGAACAAGCAGGGAUAUGUGAGUGUCAAGUUACUCACAUCUUUCAAGAAGGUAAAACACCUUACUCGGGACUGGAGAACCACAGCCUAUGCCUUGAAGUAUUCGGAGACUCUGGAGUUGAAUGAGGAUCAUCGGAAGGUGAGGAGGAUUACACCCGUUCCUUUCUUUCCUGUUGAAAACCAGCCCAGUAGGAUGCUGCUGGUCUAUGACCUGCACCUGUUCCCCAAGCCAUGGGCUCUGGCAGUGCUCCAGGAGAAUGGAAGGCUGCAGGAGAAGGUCAUGGAGCACCUUCUCAAGGUCUUCGGGACGUUCGGAGUCAUCUCUUCCGUACGGAUUCUCAAGCCGGGCAAAGAGUUGCCUCCCGACAUUCGGAAAUUCAGCAGCCGGUACAGUCAAGUCGGGACUCAGGUGUGUGCCAUUGUGGAGUUCGAAGAGGUGGACGCUGCCAUCAGGGCCCACGAGUCCAUGAGCUUGGGCUCCCCCAGCAAGGGCAGCAUCAAAGUCGUGCUCAUCGGCAUGAAAGCCCCCAAGAAGAAAGCGCCGAGGGACAAGAGCCAGGAGGAGGAGCCCGCCGCCAGCGCCCACCACCACAAGACCCUGAAUAAGAGGGUGGAGGAGCUCCAGUACCUGGGGGAUGAGUCCUCGGCCAACAGCUCCUCGGACCCCGAGAGUAACCCGGCCUCCCCCAUGCUGGAGAGGCGCUACGCGGCCGCGGGCAAGCUCAGCCCUUCGCUCUACCACAGCCAGCACCUGAGUCCCAACGCCUCCCCGCGUUCCAGCCCCUGGAGCAGCCCGCUGCUGCCGCGGAAAGGAGUGUCCAAGAAGUCCCCCCUGGCCGAGGAGGCCGCGCUGAGCGCCGACUUCGUGCCCAAGGGCAUGGAUUCCUCCUCCGACAGCAGCGUCACCCCCUCCAGCAGCCCCUGGGUGCAGAGGCGGCGCCUGGCCCAGCUGGGGACGCAGGAGAAGAGUCCCGCCGCCAGCCCGCUGCUCUCCCGCAAAGUCCAGAAUGCCAACGGGUCGCCCGUGGGCGUGCUGAGGCUGCCCCGAGGCCCUGACGACACCCGGGGAUUUCAUGGGGGCUAUGAAAGGAAAAGGGGCUUGGUCUGAGCCGUGUUCGCGGGCACUACCAGCUCCGUAGAAAAACCAUCUUUAUUUUCCUGGGUCCGACAAAACCGCUGGAAUGGUCAAGGGCCGUCUCAAGGACAAAUUUCGGUGUUUUGUACUGGUGUCGAUUUCUUAAUUUAUAUAUUUGUAUUGGCAGGCAACUACGUUUAAAAGACUAUCUCCUAGUUCCAAACAACCAUUUAUCCCGGCAUGGGCACUUUGAUAAUGUCCCGGAUAUGUAAACAUAAUGGUACUAACCAGGAAUGGGAGAGAGUCUUGAGGAAAGAUUGAAUAGAUACUAUUUUUCUGCUCUUAUUUUUUUUUUCCAAAUAAAACUCCUUUGAGAUGA